AUCCGCAGCUCCGCCAUGUCCGGCCUCCUCCGGUGGAGGCGCCUCGCCGCCACCGCCACGCGCGCCGCCUCCACCCUCACCGCAGCCGAGUGCUCCCCCGCUGCCGCGCCGCCGCACCGGCUCCUCCAGGAUCGGCGCAAGUGGGAGGGCCCCUCCUCCUCCUCCUCCUCCCGGGGCGGCUCCUCCUCCUCCUCCUCCACCGAGGACCCGGAGCCGCGCCGCAUCCGCGCGGAGGCCCACUGCCCGCGCUGCUCCAAGCACAUGGACAUACUCUUCUCCCACCGCGCCCCUCCCCCCUCCGCCGCCCCCGGCGCCGGCGGCUACCAGGCGCUCAACCUCUGCCCCAACUGCCGCACCGCCUACUUCUUCCGCCCCAACCUCCUCGUGCCCCUCCAGGGCACCUUCGUCGAGAUCGGCCGCCUCCGGGCCGACCUGCCCCCGGACGGUCUCAGGGCCAGGGACCCCGCCUCGUGGGAGACCUCCUCUUCGCGUGAUGACGGGGAUGGGAGUGGCGUCGCCGUGCACGUGCCGCCAGGCCCGCCGUUCCAUCCCAACCUCAACGUCGUCCGCGUAGCCGGCGGCGGUGGUGGUGGCGGGGGAGGCGCUGGGGGCGAGGAGGGGGAGGGGAAGGAAGGAUGGGGAGGCUCCAACCUUGGCAAGGAUUUUCCCACGCCCAAGGAGAUCUCCAGGGGGCUCGAUAAGUAUGUAAUUGGGCAAGACAGAGCCAAGAAGGUUCUAUCUGUUGCAGUAUACAACCACUAUAAACGUAUAUACCAUCAAUCUGUACAGAAAGGGUCUGGAGCAGAUUUGGGUUCUGAUGGUGAAGCUGAUGCCGAAGACAAUGUCGAACUGGAGAAAAGCAAUGUACUGUUAAUGGGGCCUACUGGUUCAGGUAAAACUUUACUUGCAAAGACAUUAGCUCGGUUUGUGAAUGUGCCAUUUGUAAUUGCUGAUGCAACAACAUUGACCCAGGCAGGAUAUGUAGGAGAAGACGUAGAAUCUAUAUUAUACAAGUUACUUACGGUGGCGGAUUUUAAUGUGCAAGCAGCACAACAAGGGAUGGUGUAUAUUGAUGAAGUUGAUAAAAUCACUAAGAAGGCUGAGAGCCUUAACAUCAGUAGAGAUGUAUCAGGUGAAGGUGUUCAGCAGGCUUUGUUGAAAAUGCUGGAAGGCACGAUAGUCAAUGUCCCUGAGAAAGGAGCAAGGAAGCAUCCUCGUGGUGAUAAUAUACAGAUAGAUACAAAGGACAUUCUGUUCAUAUGUGGGGGUGCUUUUAUUGACUUGGAGAAAACUAUAUCGGAGAGGCGACAGGAUUCUUCUAUUGGAUUUGGGGCACCUGUCCGUGCAAGCAUGAGGGCUGGUGGUAUUUCAAGCGCUCAAGUGACAUCGUCCUUGCUGGAAUCAGUUGAGAGUGGUGAUCUUAUAGCAUAUGGACUCAUUCCGGAGUUCAUUGGACGUUUUCCUAUCCUUGUCAGCUUGGCAGCACUAAAUGAGGACCAACUUGUUCAGGUUCUCACUGAGCCAAAGAAUGCUCUAGGCAAACAAUUCAGGAAAUUGUUCAGCAUGAACAAUGUUAAGCUUCACUUUACAGAUGCUGCACUAAGAAUAAUUGCGCAGAAGGCAAUGUGCAAAAAUACGGGUGCACGGGGCCUAAGGACUAUCCUUGAGAAUAUUCUCAUGGAUUCCAUGUAUGAGAUUCCAGAUACUAAAUCUGGAGAGAAGCGAAUUGAUGCAGUGGUUGUAGAUGAGGAUGCAGUAGGAUCACUGGAUCGACCUGGCUGUGGAGCCAAGAUCCUUUACGGUGAUGGUGCUUUUGAUCUUUAUCUCUCCCAGGUAAAGGCAGUGGGAGAUGGAGCAGGAACCGAAGUGGAUGGGGAAACUGAUCUUUCCCCAUCAAGAGCCGUGAGCAUGUGAUUUCAUGGUUCCCAUAGCACCAGUGUAACCUGUAAAAUCUCUUAGCUGUGUUGAUGUAAGUAUUACCUUGUAAAGAAAAAAAAUGUGCAGUGUACCAAUCGUCCAUUGUUAAUUCAAGCCCUAGCACGGUCCGGCUGCCUGCAAGCCGUUGCAUUGUCUGUAGCAUGUGUAUAUAACUAUAGUGGCUACUGGAUGUUAAAACUCCGAACAUUGAAAUGGAAGGGGUGAAAUUGAGCAAGGUGCAAAAUGAUGCUGCCAGUUUGUUUGAA